AUGAAUUAUCUUUUGCUUCAUCAUAUUGAACCUGACAACCCUUACUCAUUAGAAAUUGUGGUCUCCUUCAAUCCUCCGCUUGAAAAGCACUUUGGGUCUGUAUUUUUCAAUCUCAAUGGGGUCGGCAACUACCAUCGCGCAAAUUACUUCUACACGAAUCUUGCCUGGGCGUUUACUCGGUCAGGUGCAAGUUGGCGACGAAUGUUAGUUUCACAACCAGCGCCGCCAGCACUGGGAUACGGAUGGGUGCUCAUUACCGACAACCCUCAGCCAGCAGCGUUAUCACUGGAACCUGUAUUCCCCAGCGAGCCAGGACCACCUCUGCCACUGCCGAUAUCACAGACAGGCCUUCGCUUUGGUUUGCUAUAUGAUCUACUUCAAUACCAUGCUGGCCAUCAUCAGUAUCCGUCACUUUACUUUCGUGUCGUCUGGGGACGAAGAUAUGCACCCCUACUCUGGGAUGCGAUGGAAAAUGUAUGCAGACAGCCCCUGGAAGAGACAAGUGUUAUUGUGCAGAUCUUUCAUGAUAAUAAUGAUCUUGAGCAAGAGCCUGCUGAUGUUGAGGCGUGGGAUAGCGCGUUUAGAAGCGAGGACUCCCAGAUUCCACAUGAGCAUCUCAAAGAAGUUUAUAGAAACCCCUGGUGA